AGCACUGAAUUAUCCGUUAUCUCUGCAAAUCUAUGAAAGCAAGCAAAUUUCAUUUGCUCAUCACUGUUUUCUAUAUUGAUUUGUUUUAUAACAAAACUGAAAACAUGGUUGAAGAUCAGCGUGUCUGUAAUGAAUCAGCAGAGCUGGAUGGACAGACUGUGACCUCUUAUGCCUUUAAUGUUUUUGUCGUUUCUUUGUCACUUCUGAUAAUAUGUGGAAAUCUUCUUGUGAUCAUCUCUGUCGUUUACUUCAAGCAGCUCCACACUCCAACAAACUACCUCAUCCUCUCUCUGGCUGUGACUGACCUGCUGGUUGGGGCUUUAGUUUUACCUUUCAGCACAAUAUUGUCUCUGAGCUCAUGCUGGAAUUCAAGUUAUUUACUCUGUAAAAUGCGAGGCCUGUUUGAUAUUUUACUGUGUGCAUCAUCUAUUUUAAAUCUGUGCUGUAUAUCCAUUGACCGAUAUUAUGCAGUGUGUCAUCCUUUAACAUAUAGAAGUAAAAUUAAUGUUCGUGCAAUUCUGGCCAUGAUCCUGGUGAGCUGGGCUCUUUCAGCUCUACUGGCUAUUAGCAUCAUAGCACGUGGGAUAAAUCAAGGAAAUCUCAGAAGGAGGUGUAAUUUAUUUACAGCUACAAAACAAUUCAGUCCCGAAACCAUUUUUGAAUUUUACAUUCCAGCUAUUAUAAUUUUAACUAUCUAUCUUAAGAUUUUCAUGGUGGCGAAGAAGCAGGCGAGACAAAUCCAGAACACUCUGAAGUCUGAAGCAGCUCUCAGUAAGACGGAGAAAAAGGCCAACAUAACUCUGGCUACAGUGAUGGGAGUCUUCCUCAUAUGUUGGACUCCUUUCUUUCUAUCCAUAGGUUUUUACAGUAUGGGAAUAGUCACAAUACCAGUUGCAGCCAUUGAAGGAUUUAAAUGGUUAGGAUGGUCCAAUUCUAUGUUAAAUCCUCUGGUUUAUGCUUUUUUCUACAGGUGGUUCAGACGAGCUUUUACUAUGAUCAUUUCUGGUCAAAUAUUUCAGGGAGAUUUUUCCAAUACAAAAUUAUUGUGAUAUAUAAAUAAUAUAUUAAUGGGUUUAUAUAAAAAAUGUUGUGUCUGUUAUUUCUGUCUAAACAUUUAGAUCACUAUGCAUGUACAGUAUGUAUUUGAUGUUUAAUUGUGUAUUAUUGUGUUUUAUCUGUGCAACACUUGUAUGUGAAAGGUGUUAUAUCAAUAACAUUUACAUAUAUAUAGCACUUCUAGAGAUGUUAUUUAAAUUAUUUUU